AUGGAAAGAAACGAGUUUCGUGCAGUGAUCAAACAUUUACAUAUGAAAAGUUUAACGCCGAAAGAAAUCAAAGCCGAGUUGGAUAAUAUUCAUAGCACAUCUGCACCAGCAUUUUCAACUGUAUACAAUUGGGUGAAUGAAUUUAAACGUGGUCGUACAUCCACAUGUGAUGCACCUCGUUCGGGACGUCCAAUUGAGGCUGCUAAAAGUGCGCGAGCUUGUCGAGGUCACAGGCAUAUCACAUGGCACAGUGAUUUCGAUUUUGCACGAACAAUUGGCAUAUUCGCCAGAUUUAGCGACUAUUUCCUGUUUCCAAACCUGAAGAAAUGGUUCGGAGGAAAGAGAUUCACCACCAGAGAGCAACUCAUCGCCGAAACAGAGGCUUAUUUUGAAGGGUUGGACAAAUCAUAUUAUUCGGACGGCUUGAAAAAGUUGGAGAAUCGUUGGAUCAAGUGUAUCAAGCUGAAAGGAGACUAUAUUGAGAAAUAA